ACUGCAAUCGGAGAUAGCCGAAAGAGGAAGCCGAACCUCCAUCUAGAGAAUGUGGAACGGAUAUAAGAUUUUAAUCUUCUCCUAUCUGACGGCAGAACUCUGUGCUGAGACCCAUUCUUUAUCGUCAAGAGAAGUGGACCCAGGGCCAUAUUUCACCAGAAAUCACACUAUUUUCGAAGGUACUCGGCACAAAAGGGCCAUUUUCCAUGGGCAAUACUGUAGACACUUUGGCUGUUGUCAAGACAGAGACGAUGCCUGUGUCACUCAUUUCUAUGAAGCCAAUGCAAUGUGUUACUGUGACAGCUUCUGUGAAAGGGAAAACCCUGAUUGCUGUCCUGAUUACAAGUCAUUUUGCCAGGAAGAGAAAGAAUGGCCUCUCAAACAGCCUUUAGACCCAGAAGGUUGCUCCAGAAAUAGCCAACAUUAUGAAGAAGGAUCAGUAGUUAAGGAAAACUGCAACUCCUGUACAUGCUCAGGACGUCAAUGGAAUUGUUCCCAGCAUGUGUGCCUUGUUCACCCAGAGUUGAUUGAGCACAUCAAUAAAGGGGAUUAUGGAUGGACAGCACAGAACUAUAGCCAGUUCUGGGGAAUGACUUUAGAAGAAGGGUUCAAAUUUCGCCUUGGAACCUUGCCACCUAGCCCUACACUUCUGAGCAUGAAUGAAAUGACAGCAACUUUUCCUGCCAGAGCUGAUCUUCCUGAGGUUUUCAUUUCUUCUUAUAAGUGGCCUGGAUGGACUCACGGUCCAUUGGAUCAAAAAAACUGUGCUGCUUCCUGGGCUUUUUCCACCGCAAGUGUGGCAGCUGACAGAAUAGCAAUUCAGUCCAGGGGUCGAUACACAGCCAACCUCUCUCCUCAGAAUUUGAUCUCUUGUUGUGCCAAGAAACGUCAUGGAUGCAACAGUGGAAGCAUUGAUAGGGCUUGGUGGUUCCUGAGAAAACGUGGACUGGUAUCUCAUGCAUGCUACCCUCUUUUCAAGGACCAAAACACUACUAAUAAUAUUUGUGCUAUGGCAAGUAGAUCAGAUGGGCGGGGAAAACGUCAUGCCACAAAGCCAUGCCCCAACAGCUUUGAGAAAUCCAACAGAAUCUACCAGUGUUCUCCCCCAUACAGAGUCUCUUCCAAUGAAACUGAAAUUAUGAGAGAAAUCAUACGAAAUGGACCAGUUCAAGCCAUAAUGCAAGUCCACGAAGAUUUCUUCUAUUAUAAGACAGGGAUAUACAGACAUGUUAUCAGCACAAAUGAAGAAUCAGAAAAGUAUAGAAAACUUCGGUCACAUGCAGUCAAACUAACUGGAUGGGGCACACUGAGAGGAGCAGGAGGGAAGAAAGAAAAGUUUUGGAUUGCUGCCAAUUCCUGGGGAAAGUCGUGGGGAGAGAAUGGCUAUUUUAGGAUUCUUCGAGGAGUAAAUGAGUCUGACAUUGAAAAAUUGAUUAUCGCAGCAUGGGGUCAACUGACAAGUUCAGAUGAUCCAUAGCUAUCAAAUUCUCAUAAGGUCAUGCAUUUAAGUAACUAAUUAAAUUGAAUUUUAGCAAUGUAAGGUUUUCUGAGUCAAUGAAAGUAUUGCAUUUUUGCUGUGUGCAUAGAACAUUCCCUUUUUUCUUGUUUUACUCUAGUAUCUAAUCUUUUUGUUCUCUUUAUAUUACUGAGUAGAUUAAAAUACCAAUAAAAGAA